AUGACUUUUGCAUCCAGUGCGUGUCCAGCUCGAAUACAAUGGCUGUGGAAAUCCAGUGCUAACCCAUUUUCUAAAUCUGACCUUGACGAAUGGACGCCAUAUGCUGAUGUAGAGAACUUAAUAAUAGAAAAAGCAUAUAUGAACGGUGAACCGACAGCACUAUUGGAUGAUUUUACCAUUGAUUUUCAUAAUCGAUUACAGAUAUCGAAUUCCGACUCUACCAGACAACGUCCAGUGAAAAGGAUGGAACGUAAUAGAGAUGAUCAUCAUGCUCGAGAAGAACGAUUUACUUAUACUCCUAUUAGUCCAGAUCGUCCAUUUGGUGGUCUGUACGGAUGGAUAUCGCCCUUCAUUCGGCAAACUGUUAGAUACUUAGAAAUCACUCCAAACCAGUUACCGUCGAUCAAUAAGAAAAUUCUUCCUAGAUUAGUAGAAAAGGCAGCGAAUGGAAUAUACGAAGAAAGUCAACCGUUAAGAAAACAGCGACAAGGCGAAGAGUUGUCAAGUAUGUUACUAGAUGUAAAAGAUGCAGGAAUUGAGCAAGUAUGGGAGUGUUGCGCUUAUAUAUAUUCAUUGGAAAGUUUUGUAUACAAGAAAUUGAACGAAAUCAUGAGAUUGAUAGGAAGUCCAGAACAUGAACAUGACUGGCGAAGUAAAGUACGGACGAUGGGACCGUUUUGUUUACUUCUAUGGGACAGUCCAUACAGUUGCGUUUCAACUGAAAAAGGAACUGUGCUUUAUCGAGGCGCUAAUUUGACUGACGAGAUUAUUAGUGCUUUCAAAAACGAUUGUGCCAAAAAGAAUCGCACAGUAUGUUCAUUUCAAUCAUUUACGUCAUGCAGUCGAAGUCGUAAGCAAGCAGAAAAAUUCGGCAAUGUUUUGUUUAUAAUGACCGUUAAACAUGCGUUUACCAUCGAUCUCAAACCAUUCUCGGAAUAUCCUGACGAAGAAGAAGAACUGUUGUUCCCAGGCGUUUGUUUUACUGCUGAUCGAAUGACACCCGGAACGGGAAAAAUCAAAUAUAUUAUCUAUUUGGAUCUAAUACAACAACAUCGACGAGAUGAUGAGUAUCAAAGUGUUGAUCGGUAUCAUACUGGAUCUUAUGCUCAGAUGCAUGAUACAUAUUGGUCUACUAUUAUGUUCAUCCAGAUUCUUUUCUGGGAUUUCUUCAAACAACAAACAUCUCGUAUGUUCUGUGAACUAUAA